AUGGCGCCAAAAAUCGCCCUGCUUGGAAUGCCGGAAGAUGUGACAAGGAAGAUUUUGGGGUAUUUGGAUUUUUUGGCAAUCCUAAACCUCCAUAAAACCUGCCAUGACCUCCGUAACUUCAUUAACGAUCUCCGACCUCCCUCCCUGGUAUACGGUAUCAAGAUUGAAAUGCGACCUGAAGAAAUCUGUCUCACCCUGAACUUCGACCGAGUCUACCAUGAAUAUGAAGAAAUGAAAAACUACACCAUCCGUUAUACACCUUAUAUAAGUGGGGUGCUGAAGACAGUACUGCGGUAUUUUGAUCUACACUUUUUGUAUCCAAAGCAUGAGAAGAAACGGAAGACUUUCAAGGUGUUCGAGGCGAUUCGAAACUCACAGCAGACUGAAAUCAAGGAGUACACACUGAAAUGCAAAAACGUCGAGAUGACAUGCCAAGGGGAGCACGAAGUUUUAGAGAUUGUCCCAUUUUUUGACCCCAAAGCACUAGAAGUCUUGAAAAUUGACGUCGGGAAACAGAAAGCAAGGUUGGAGCUGCAGGAAUUGAUCUACCUGGAGCAGUGGGAGAAUUCUAAGGAGGUGGUGCUAACUGGGUGCACCUCCGUGCCGAAGAGGUUUCAGAAUUUUGAAAAAGUUGAGAUUUCUAUCCACGUUUUGACGCAAGAUGAUGUUUUUGGAUUUAAAGAAAUCCUUCUCCAACACCCCACCCAGUACCUCAUCCACCUUCACUUCCAACACUACUACUCUGAAAACGAACUGCUGGAAAUGAUGGGCGCCCCGGUUUUUGAAACCGAUGUGUUUGAGUCAAGGAAAUGGAAAGUUUGGUGGUUACGAGCAGCAGAGGAGAAAGUUGUGAAGCUGGAGUUGCAUGAGGAUUCGCUGAUGAUGACAAAGAUGAAAUAG